AUGAAACCUAGGGUUUCUGAAUCAAGUAGCAGGGUCGACAAAGAAGAAUCCAUUCAUGACAAUGUGCCUCUUAGGAUGGUCGCUCCUUCUAAUUUCCACAAGAAGAAGGGAAAACGUACUGGUGUCAGGAAGAGAAAAACUUUUAAAAAGGUUAGUUCAUCUGCCUAUGAGCAAUCUGAGCAUGAUAUGGACACUAUCAUGAGAGAUAUUGAUUCCUAUACUAAUGAUGAUAUUGAGUCUGAUGAUAUCCACACUUACCAACAUGUUAAACACAAUGUUGUACCUUUUGGAAAAACGUCUGGUGAAACCUAUGAGCCGCACAGUGAACCAUCUCCUAUAACUGUGAAUGUAUCUGUUUUUAAUGAAUGUCUGAAUGGCAUCCUGGAUGGAAAGGAUGUUACAUCAUAUUCUUCAAGUGAUGAAGAGCCUCAAAUGAAAAGGACUAAGGUUCAAAGAAAUAAGAGUGUGGUAGCUGAUAAGAAGAUAAACAACAAAUAA